CGUCAAAUAAUAAAUAAUGCACGUCUGCUGCCAACGUCUUUAGAAAAAAUGGGACUGUGAAAAGAAAACAACAUAAAAUAUUAAGUUAUUGUGACAUUUAAACUGCAUGUAACUAUUAGUGUAAAACGACAGAAUGGCAAACCGGCGUGCGAUAGCGAGUAACGUCGAUUGGCAGGUUGACAAGAAAAGCAAUUCCGAGAGAGCAAAAUACUUGUUCGAAACAAGCCUAUACUGUGACUGUGAAUUCUUGGUUGGAAAUGAAGAAGAGAAGGAGUUGGUGAAAGCGCACAAAAUUUUCCUGGCCAUGGGGAGCCCAGUCUUUGAAACCAUGUUCUACGGUGGAAUGGCGCAAGCUAAUGCCGGACGAUCAGUAAGCACAGGAUCACAUGCAAUAGAAGUACAAGACAUUCAACCUUUUGCCUUCAAAGACUUACUUGAGUACAUUUACACGGAGCAUGUAGAUCUCAAAUCCUUUGAUCAAGCUUGCGAGCUAUCCUACGCAGCCAAAAAGUACAUGGUGUCCAACCUGGUGGAGAGGUGCUCGCAGUUCAUGUGGAAGGACCUCAUCCCUGAAAACGUGUGCAGGGCACUGGAGUUUGCCAACCUCUAUGAAGAUACAUUACUUAAGGAGAGAAGUCUUAAUGUGAUACGAUGCCGCACCAAAGAUUCUCUCUCGCACCCGCCAUUUGAGGAUAUAACGGAGUCUACAUUGUUAAUAUUAGUAAAAGAAGACGAUCUCGCCAUCAGUGAAACUGAUCUUUUCGAAGCCGUGAAACGAUGGGGCACCAAAGAAUGUGCACGAAGAGAAAUAGAUGUCAAUGGCUCUAAUUUGCGAUUGGUAUUGGCAAAUAUCAUAGGGCAUAUUCGAUUCUUGACAAUGACCAACGAAGAAUUCGCCAGUUCCCCAGCCAUGUCGGGUAUCCUGACGCAAGAAGAAAGUUUCGCUAUUCUGAUGAACAUUAGCUGCCGUGACAAGUGGCAAAUGCCGUCUCAAUUGUCUUCAUCCAGGCAAUCACGCUACACAGCUCCCUACAGUCUGAGCUUUGGUGAAAAUUCGCCUGGCAAUCGCAGUCCUUCUAGUUCGUGUGGUAGAAGUGUUGAAACAGCCCCCGUCUUAUCUUCUCCCGGCCGAAUUUACUGCUACAGACGAGUGGAAGGCGAAACAUUAGUACACAAUACUGGCAUAUUGGACUGUGCAGUGGCUUUGACUGUCGACCGCAAUAUUUGUAUACAAGGAAUAGUCAUAUCGUCGCAAUCAAACCACACAGAUUCAACAAACUGCGACCCUAGUGGAGGCUACACUGAACUAUUGUACUGCCAUUUGCUGGAUCGUGAUGGGACGCGGCUCACGUAUUCCCAUUUUAGUGGCCGUUCGCCUAGGCGAUCUUCAAUUGAUGUCUUCUUUAAUCGGCCGGUUUACGUCCAACGCAACAGAGAGUACCGCAUCUGCGUCGUCCUCAAUCGCUGCGGAUAUUAUCCACUCGGAACCGGGUCCUCUUGGGUCAUGGCACAAGGCGUCCAUUUCCGAUUCGGCUCUUCCUCCACCGAGCCGUUCCAGCUCAACGAAGGCAUCCGAGACGGUUUCAUCCGUGGAGUCAUUUUUUCUUUUUAAACAAAACACUCAAAUCAAAGCAUUUUUAUCGAUCCAUUAUUUUCCCUUUUGUUUUCUGUCACCCUUCCCUCCAAGAAAAAACGAAAUCUUUGUUCAUAUAUUGUUGAGUAUGUUGAAAUACAUUGUAAACUAGGA